UUUUUUUUUUUAUUCUUUCUUUUCUUUUCUUUCUUUUCUUUCUUUCAUCUAUUUAUCAAUGUCACUUCAUUGCGAUAUACCAAAAUGGCAUUCAUCUACUUAUUCUGUUUUUCAAAAUGAUACAUCUACAUUUAUGACCACCAACAAUACCACCAAUCAAUUGACUUAUUUUACUCGUACUCAAGAUACAUUGUCUUCAUUAUACAAACGUUAUUCUACCCUGAACCAACAAUUAGCAGAAACACGAGCAGCAUUAGAAAAAAACAAAACUGAAUAUCAACAAUCUCUUCAAUUGGCUACAGCAAGAGAUAACGCCAAUAUCAAACUUCAACGUAAAUUGGAUCGACUCUAUACAACCUAUAAAAAACGUAGCACCUCUGUUCAAGAUCAACUCUUAUCUAGUCUUCAACAGGAACAUCACAUUUGGAAAAAUCACGUAGAUCAACAACGAUCACUCUUAGUCGCAGCACAACAGAAAACUCUCCAAUCACAACAACAAUUGUUAUGUCUUCGACAAAUAGCACGUGCUCCUUAUCAUCAUCAUCAUCAUAUGCAACUACACUUGGAUUUAUUGGAUUUAUUAACUAAUGUACGUACUCUUUAUGAUGACUGGAUAGAUCGUUUGACUACAGAAUGGCUUUGGAUUCUUCUUCGUGAUGACAACGAAAUAUCAUCACCCCUAUGAAAAAAAAAAAAAAAAAA